UCAUUACAUAUCUGGAACUCACGAGGGGAAUAGCAUGAGGAGGAUUGUUUAUUUAUUUUUUUAAAGUAUUUCUUUUAUUUUUGUGGAAUAUAAUCUGUUCCGUUGUUUUUUCUCAUCAAAACUCAAACACAUCACAGAGAUGAAUAAACUAAUGAAAUCUUAAGCUUUAAUUAAGAAAGACACGUCCGUACAAUUCCCCACCAUAACUUUCCACUCAAAAUUCUGUUUUUUCCCUUUCUCUUCCUCAGAUACUCCCUCUCUCUCUCUCUCUUUCUCUCUCUUCAAAAAUACAAAUAAAAAAUAAAUAAAAUUGAGUGACCCAACAACCUGUCUGUUCAAAUACGUUUUGUCAAUGUCUCCAUAGCUGAUCAUCUAUGAAAAUGAAAUAAAAAAAAAUAAAAUAAAAACAAAAAAAAAAUCUGAGAUUGUUGUGUAAUCAAUUGGGUUGAUUCACAUUUUUGUGGAAAAAAGAAGAAGAUGGGUUUCAUUAUUGGUAUCAUAUUCGGUAUCGCAUUGGGUAUGGGAUUGAUGAUUGGUUUAGCUUAUUCGGAGUCCAUACGACAUAAACGUCGCUCAUAUUUGGCCACAACAAUUGCGGCUUUCGCGAGGAUGUCAGUUCUAGAUUCAAGAAAAAUUCUUCCAUCUGACAGCUACCCUUCAUGGGUUGUCUUUUCCCAAUUUCAGAAGUUGAGUUUGCAUUUAUAUUUGUUAAAUUGGCUCAACCUCCAACUUGACAAAAUCUGGCCCUAUGUAAAUGAGGCAGCAUCGGAGCUAAUACGAACUUCUGUUGAGCCAAUUCUUGAGCAACAUAGACCAGUUAUCUUAUCUUCUCUAAAGUUUUCUACCUUGACCCUUGGUAAUGUGGCUCCGCAAUUUACAGGGGUUUCCAUUAUUGAAGGCGACCCUGGGGAAGUCACCAUGGAGAUGGAGUUGCAGUGGGAUGGAGACCCCAAUAUUGUAAUUGAUGUUAAGACCAAAGUUGGUGUGGGACUACCAAUACAGGUUAAAAACGUUGGAUUCACUGGGGUUUUCAGGCUGAUCUUCAAACCACUAGUUGAAGAGUUCCCAUGUUUUGGAGCUGUUUGUUUUUCCUUGAGGGAAAAGAAAAAGCUGGAUUUUACUCUUAAAGUAGUUGGUGGCGAUAUAUCAUCAAUUCCAGGAAUAUCUGAUGCUAUUGAGGAAACAAUACAAAAUGCUAUUGAAGAUUCUAUUACAUGGCCAGUUCGGCAAAUUAUACCCAUAUUACCAGGGGAUUAUAGUGACCUAGAACUGAAGCCCAAAGGAAUAUUAGAGGUGAAGCUUAUACAAGCAAAAGAAUUAACAAAUAAAGACAUCAUUGGAAAAUCUGAUCCUUAUGCUGUGUUAUUUAUACGGCCAUUGCCUGACAAAAUGAAAACCAGCAAAGUAAUUGAUAAUGACCUGAAUCCAAUCUGGAAUGAACACUUUGAGUUCGUAGUUGAAGACUUAUCUACUCAAAACUUGACAGUAAGAGUUUUUGAUGAUGAAGGGGUUCAAGCAUCUGAAUUCAUUGGUGUUGCUCAACUGCCACUGAAGGAGAUUGAACCUGGUCAGGUGAAGGAUGUGUGGCUGAAACUGCUUAAGAAUUUGGACGUCCAGAGGGAUAAUAAAAAUAGGGGUCAGGUGCACUUGGAGGUUUUGUAUUAUCCUUUUGGCACGGAGAGUGGGUUUUCAAACCCUUUUAACCCAGACUACUCAUUGACUUCAUUGGAGAAGGCCCUCAAAAAUGAUGGAACAGACACUGCUGAAAUCUCAAAAUCUUCCACACUAAAGAAAAAGGAUGUCUUUGUAAGAGGAGUUCUUUCUGUGACAAUAAUAUGUGCGGAAGACUUGACGAAUGUAGAUCUGAUGGGAAAGUCCGAUCCCUAUGUUUCACUUAUAUUGAAGAAAUCUGGACAGAAAAACAAGACAAGGGUCGUAAAUAACAGCUUGAAUCCAGUUUGGAAUCAAACAUUUGAUUUUGUUGUUGAGGAUGCAUUACAUGAUUUGCUAAUGCUGGAAGUCUGGGAUCAUGAUACUUUUGGCAAGGAUAAGAUGGGAAAAUGCAUCAUGACACUCACUAGGGUUAUAUUAGAAGGGGAAGUUACAGACACCUUCGUCCUAGACGAAACUAAAUCAGGAAGCCUGCGGUGUCAUCUCAAGUGGACUCCACAGCCAAUAUAUCGAGACUCUUGAUUAAUUAGAAAAAAUGCAGGAGAUCUCCUCUAUUCCAGAUUUUAUAUUCUGAGCUUACCUGCAAGUUGUGUGUGUGUGUUCUAUUUUUUUUUUUUUUUUUAAUGAAGAGAGCAAGAAAAUUUUACUGGAGCACCUGCAUGAAAUGAAAAUUCAUAUAGGGAUGGCUCUAGUCCGGCUGUUGUCUUUGUAAACUGUUGGAGGCAAAUUUUGGAAGUACAUAUAGAUUUCAAAUUGUGUAACCUGCCAUGUGA